UGAGGUUAAAUUCCACAUCCAUUACCGAUUCUUCAGCAUAAACUAUCCCGACCAGUCGCUCCGGACGUCUGAAUAGAUUCAUUCGAGAAUUUUGUGGUUAUUUGGAGCACCUCUUGGAAAAUAUUUGUUCAUCGUUCACCCCUGGAAGUAUUGCUGGUUUGGACUCUACCGAGGACCCGGGUUUACCCCUGUUUUGAAUUAGAAAGUUGAAUAAGAUCAAAAGUCAGAUCAAGGAUCUUCCAGUACCGACAACAAGGACAUAAUAUUCAUCCGAAAGACAACUUAAAACACUAAGAUGUAUCGAAACUUUGGAAACCAAGGGAGAGGCAACUCGUCUUUCGCCAAUAGUGACACCGGGUCGCCAGUGCCACACACUGGCUCAAGUUCUGUAUCUCUGGGAGCUGCUAGCACCUCAACCACACAACAGGAGCAGAAAUUCACCAUGGCGGGAAAUAGCCAAUUUGUACCAAGUCUCAACGCUAUCACCACCAACCAGGACCUCCAAUGGAUGGUCCAGCCUUCCUUUGGGUCUCCACCAGGCCCUUCACAGUCUCCAAGACCCUCUUUCCAAGCUCACUCAGGGAUGCGACCAAUGGGUCAAAGACAAUCCCAAACACACUUUUACAGACAUGGGGUCAUCCGAGCUGCUUCCCACUCCACAGGUUCCACAAGGCGCAGAAAUGAUGAACACUUAUCACCAGAAGAGAUGGAGAGGCGGAUGAUUCGGAGAGAACGGAACAAACUGGCUGCUGCAAAGUGUCGUAACCGCCGCCGGGAGUUGACUGACACACUACAAAAUGAGACUGACGAGUUGGAAGGGGAAAAGUCCCGUCUUCAGAAGGAAAUCACUGAACUACAGAAGAAGAAGGACAAGCUAGAGCUCGUCCUGGAAGCCCACCGUCCCAUCUGUAAAAUCGAAGACUCCAGCUCCGACUCCGACUCCCGCCCACCGCUGUCAAUGUUGCGGGGAAUCAAGAUGGAACCAGAGAGCUCAGAGCAGCCCGGGCCUUCGUCAAAACCUCAGUCAGCAAAGAGGCUCGCCAAGCCCAAACCAAAGAUAACUAUCCCGCCCAAGCCCGCGACAACACUGGCUACUGUGAUCAGUGCCCCCGAAUCUGAAUCCCUCCACACGCCCAUCCUUAUGUCCACUCCAUCUUUUACUCCCUUCACCGCAAAUUUAGUCUUCACCUAUCCCUCCGCCCCUCUAGACAGCCUGGCCUCUGGUACAUCCCAUGCCACUUCUUCCUCCUCUUCCUCCCACCAUGCUAAUCCCCAACACUCUCUCAACCUCGCCGCCCAACACUGUGGCAUAGCUCAUCGUCGUAGCAGCAGCAGCGGUGACCAAUCCGAUCACUCCCUUCACUCCCCGACCAUCAUCUCUCUUUGAUUGACAACUCUGGUGUCAUGGUUGAACAUUCGUUUACAGUAUCUCCUGGGGAAUAGAGUACAACAGCACAUAACACAUAUGAAAUCGAUCUCAAUGAUUACUAUGAUGUCAAUUCUGUUGCUUAUUUAGAUACCCCGAACCUACAUAUAGUGUAUUUUCUUUACUGUUUUUUCUUACUGGGCAUUACCUAGAUAUACUAUGCAUAUUACUGGGAUAAUAGGGUUAUAGUUACAUUUGUUUUGAGCAUAACCAUAGAACACGUUAAAACAUUUACUGAUACGUUUAUGAUGAAUGUAUUGAAAAGAUUUUUUUUUGAGAGAAGCAUUUAUAUUUGACUGUUUAAUCUAAUUUUGCUGAAUAACAAAUGUGAUAGCAUUACAGUGAAAUUCUUCCUGUACUGUGUUUCUCACAUUAAGGAAGUGUUGGCUAUUUAUACAAACCUAUUUUUUAUAAUAUAAUAGAAUUUAAAAUAAUUGAAAAGUAAUGAUUGACUACUUAGGCUGGACCUAGCAGCUCAUAUUCAGUUUUAAAAUUCCAAUAAUAUAUUUAUUUUGGAGAGCAUAAUAUAUUUUUUGAUAAAACUGUUAUUCUGACUAAUUGAACGUUUUUUUUGGUGUGAUAUGCCUUAUACUUGACCUUUUUCAAAGCUGCUAUCUUUCAAAGUUGGUUAAAGGGUUUGAGAAUUGAUAGUGUGCAAUCCUAGGGUCCUAAUGCUUAUUGUGUAACAUCAAAGUAGCGGAUGAAUGACACUUUGUUAAACUUUGUGGGCAAAAGCACCAAUACCUAUGCAGACUUCUUUGCUGUCCAACAAAAAAAACGAGGAUUCUCCAAGUGUGUCUCUGGUUAAGUGGAUAGGACAUUGAUAGACACAAGUGUCAUAGAAUACAACUUAUUUUCAAAAUGAAGCAUGUUUUCUAAAGUUAAAUACAGAAGGAAAGAUCAGAACACAAUCAAGAGUCACACCCAUUGUAUUUAAAGCUCUUCAAUUCAUUAAGAGCAUAACCCAGCAAUAACAGCCAACAAUAAAGCAAACCUCUUUCAAUCCAUGUGCAUUAUCUAUAAUAGAAAGGGAAGGUGUGUAGGGAUAAACUGCAAGAUAAUACUGAUAAGGAAAAGCAUGGUAAUAAUAGGGUAUCUCUAAUGUUACAGAGUUAACACAAAACUUUGAUUCAUAUUAACCCUUAAUAUUGCAAACUUAAAGACAUGUGUUUGUUUCCAAUGUGAGGCCUACUAAUUUAAAUAACAACAAUGUAACUACAGAAUAAAGUACAGGUGACUUAAAACAACUUUCCUUUCUAUUUAUGUGUAUAAAUAACUGUAAAAUUGUAGACUUUCCAGUUUGAUACAAAGAGUUCCAGUUUUCAUACAAAAGUGUUAAACGUUAAGCAUUAGCACUUCAUUUUUCUAAGAGGUCCAGUGUUAUCAGUGAUGCAAAUCCAAGACCUAAACUGACAUGAAGACUUUUUUUCAGCGCUUCACAUUAUGAACAACCUUCAAGUAAACUCAAAGGGCCUGAAAAACCAGGGUCGCCUAUUGGCCCUUAUUAACUGUGAUGAUCCCCAUGCAUGGCACUCCGAUCCUUUCCUGAGGAAUAGAAUGCAUAAACGGUCACACAUAGCUAUAGGCGUGUAACAAAAAGAAAACGUAUUCAAAAAGUGGUAUUUUUUGACGCAAUGUAUCUAUCUCAGUGCCUGUGGACUUCAGUAGACUUUAUGGCUCAAAUCUGAUUUGAUUGCAUCUUUAGAUAUCCAUCAUAUCUUUGUCCAGUGCAAUAAUAAACGGCCAGCACCAGUGUAGGCUAUUCCAGUGCAUGAAGUAACAUCAUAUGCAAAACCUUUUUUUGUGUGGCAAUUUCUUAAGUAAUAAUCUACAACUGAAUGGCGAAAAGUCCCCACUACUGACAUAAUAAGUAAUGCUAAAUUAAUUAAUCAAGUCAAGUCAUUUCAAAAGGAUCCAGCAAAACAAAAUUACAAAGAAAAAUCGGAGAAUCAGUCAGGUGAAGGAACUAAUGCAAUUACUAUUUUUCAUUUUUCUUUUUUUAUCUGAUUAUUAUGGAAUUCACCGACAAAGCCUCCCGUGCAGUUUAUUGUCUUCAACCGGAGAACCCUCUCAACCAAAUGAUGUCCUCCUGUCAUCAGGUGAGCACACCAGAUGAAGUUGGUCUGGACUCCCAACGCUGCCUGUGCUUGAGCUCCCGUCCCCCAAGUCCCGGGCCACCAUGCAGGGGAGGUUGAGCUCAGUCGACCCACCGGGGCUCGAGUCACUUCGACUGACACAUUCCUCCUCCAGGACCAAACAGAGCUCCUUAAGAUCCAAAUUUUCCUUGACCAGUCCGUCCUGCAUUCGCUCCAGGUCUGCAAGUUUCUUCAAGUAUCCGCCAAGGUCUUCCCGCAUCACUUUAGCCGCAUGGUGCCCAAACAGCUGCCAUUCUCUUGCCAGCUUUUUAACUUUUAGGCGAUCGUCGUCAAGAAA